UACCGCGGAAGUCGCUGUUGUGGUGUGUAUAUAUAUAUAUAUAUAUACACAUAGCAGUCUGUGUGCUUUUGCUUAUUGCGUCGGUCAAAAUGGCAUUGAGAGCUGCACUCAGACCGAAAUGUGCUUUUUUGGGCCUUCUGCAGUCCAGUGGCAGUCAUGGCAGAGUCUCUACAGUUCUUGUCUCUCAGAUGAGAAAUAAUACAACUGCUCCCAAGAUUAAGGUUGACUUCAACCAAAGCACAGGUGUGGCUGUGUUGUCAAUGCAGAGUCCUCCAGUGAACAGCCUCAGUUUAGACUUCCUCACAGAGCUCUGCAUCAAUCUGGAGAAGCUGGAGAUGGACAAGGCUUGUAGAGGCCUAAUCAUCACAUCGACCCAGCCCAAAGUGUUCUCAGCCGGGCUAGACAUCAUGGAGAUGUAUGGCAAGAGCCCGGAGCGCUGUGGGGAGUUCUGGAGAGCUGUGCAGGAGAUGUGGCUCAAGAUCUAUGGAUCAAACAUGGUCACUAUAGCUGCUAUCAAUGGCUCCAGUCCCGCAGGAGGAUGUCUGUUGGGUUUAACUUGUGAUUACAGAAUAAUGGCUGACAACCCUCGCUACACCAUUGGCCUUAAUGAGACACUGCUUGGCAUUGUUGCUCCUUUCUGGUUUAAGGACACAAUGGUGAACACAGUAGGCCACCGUAACACAGAGAUGGCCCUGGAGCUGGGCCUUCUCUACAGCCCCUCAGAGGCUCUCAAAAUCGGACUAGUGGACAAGCUCGUGCCUCAGGAUCAGCUCCUCACCACAGCCACAGAAACAAUGACAAAGUGGUUGGCUAUUCCAGACCAUGCCAGACAAAUUACAAAGUCCAUGAUGAGGAAGCCGACUAUUGACAAGCUGACAUCAAAUAGAGAAGCAGACAUACAGAACUUUGUGAGCUUUAUCACUAAAGACUCCAUCCAGAAGUCCCUACGCAUGUACCUGGAGAUGCUGAAGAAGAGAAAAGCCUGAAUGACCACUUUGCCUGCAGUAACAUGUUAUUUUUCAAUCACCUGGGUGCCAACUAACUGUAAAAACAUUUUAUUCAAAUUUCCAUGGAUUUGAUGUAAAUGAAAGGGAUUAAUGACCUCUCCUUUUUAUUCUAAUUUGCGAGAUGAAAAAUAAAAAUUAACACUCUAAACCAGACACCAAA